CAGAGAGCAAGACAUCACCAUAACAAGCAGGAUUUACGCGCUGCAGCCGCCGACGCAACGCGUGCUGUCCCCUCUUUGGGCUCCUUUCUGGCAUCGGAGGAGCAGGAGCUGGGCACAGGCAGGAUGAAGCUGGCAGUCUUCUGUUUGUGCAUUCUGCAUGUGACCUUCGUCAGUGCCGGACUCUUCACCCGCAACGAUCUUCAAGCCGUGCACAGUACACUGUCAGUGAACAGGGCCCAAGCCCCCCAGAGCGCAGGGUCUUUAAACCAAGGCAGACAGAGACCACUGUUCGCAAGGAGAGGACAGUAUGAAAGGCAGAGUGUCCCGAAAUCCAGAGUGGUUCCUGCCUCUCCAAAUCGCUCCCCUUCUCCUCCUCCUCCUCCUCCUCCUCCUACUAAAGUGACACCCAAACCUGUGAAGUUCAAGUGCUCAUAUCUUAAACAAAGCUGUUUACCCCAGUCUGGCUGCUGUGAACCAUAUGCAACAUGCCACUGCCGCUUCUUCAAUGCAAUCUGCUUCUGCCGGAGGACAAAGUGACUAUACGAGAAGAAAUCAUAAAACGCAGUGGCAAGCAUUAAUGAUUGGUGUCCAAGCGGAUUGGGAGCAUUUGGAUGCUUGUUUCUUAUUUAAUUGUUAAUGAAAUGUUGUUUUCAUGAAUACAAGAUGAACUAAUAAAACAGUCAGCCCAAUAACUUGAAGAUUUAGCAUUUAGACCAGGGGCUUGGAGGCUACUACAAAGCAAGUUCAACAUACCCAGGAUGUCUUUUCAUUAUCUGGCUGCACUACGCCUAACACCAAGAACACACUGCUUGUGUUGCAUGUGCGUGGCGGCUGCAUCGCUGCUGC